AUGGCCGGCUUACUUGGGCGUAUUUCUGCAUUCUACUCACACCACUAUGAACGGCGUCCUAUACUGACCCUCAUGUGCACAAACGCACUCCUUGGAGGCAUCUCGGACUGCAUGGCACAGACGUUGACCGCUGUCCGCGAACGUGCCGUCAGGACUGGACAUGCCAAGGACGACGCGCUCGCCAUGGAGAUUCACGAGGUGGAUGAGAAGCUGCCUGGACCCAAGCAUGGCUUGAUUCCCGACUCGAAGCUGCUACCGCCGCCUUAUGACUUUGCACGCACAGUCCGAUUCAUGUCAUUCGGGUUCUUCAAUGCACCCAUCCAAUACUAUUGGUUUACAUUCCUUGAUAGGAAGUUUCCACUGGGGUCUUCUCCUGUGGCGCCUUUGAAGCGUGUGGCAGCCGAUCAGUUUGGCUUCGCGCCCUUCGGUUUGACCUGGUUUUUCAGCUACAUGUCCCUGGCCGAGGGCAGGGAUUUCAAACACCUGAAGAACAAGGUGAGCGAGGCAUUGAUACCCACCGUGAAGGCCAACUGGUUAGUAUGGAUACCGGUCCAGGCGGCGAAUUUCUGGCUGGUGCCUUUGAAAUUUCAGAUCCCGUUUGUGAGCACGGUCGGUAUUUUUUGGAAUAUGUAA